AGAUAAUGGAUUGAGCAAAGGGCAGAAUGUGGAUGCAGGGAGGAAAGGAAGAAAGCAGGAUAAAUAAGCUCCACACUUGAAGAUCUGAAGGAUCUUGCUCACUUCAUCUGUUGCAGAGGAAAAUGCACACGAGUUACUUACUUUCGGUGUUUGUGAAGGAGCUGCCUGGCUAUAUUCUCUUUGCUGGGGUCUUUAUGCCCAUGGCUUUACUCCUGCUGCUAAUUGCCUUCUUCAGGCUCAAACUAACAGAAGUGGAUGAGGAACCAGCCAUGGCAGAAGACCUCAUAAAUGUCCUCCUAAAUUACCAGGGCCAGCGGCAGAAAUCCAGGAGAUCUGGACAAAACCAGAACAAAUACAAGAACCAAAGGAAAUUUCAGGGAGUCUCACAUCUCAGGAAGCAAGCUUAAAUCCAGUAUGCAGCUCUGAAGGUUUAAAAAUAACUAGCUGGAGAUAAAUACCAUGGAGGAAAACAAAUCAGCAAGGAAGAAAAAAAUAAUCAGUGCUGUGCUGUACAAAUGAAAGAGCUGCUGCUGUACAGGUUUUGUAACAGGUUUUGCUUUCUCACAUGAGGCCAAGCAAAGUACUUUAUGGAACUCAUCAGGCACCAGAGACCUCCUACAACAUUCUGUGUCAGUUAGGAUCUGGGGAGAGGGAAAGCACCUUGCUUGCUAGCCCCUGCCUAGUCUACUAAGAAAGCUGUAUAACAAGCUCCUGAGAGAGCUGAGCUGGCGCAUACAAGGAAGGCAGUCUUAUUAAACUGAAGAUGCAGAAAUAGCAAGUUCAUUACAAGAACUGAUGUCUAAGGAAUUGAGAAGGGUAAUGAAGGGGAACUGACUUUUUCAUUAGUUUGAACACUUUGGGGAAGAUCGUAAGUUUUUGUUAAGUAUGCAAAAUAUAAUAGUGACGGGAAACAAAAGGACUUCUCUCUGCUGAAUGACCAUGCCAGUUUUUGAAACCAUGAAAAGAUGCAGUCAGUAUUCUGUAAACCAGCUAAUUAUUAUUCUAGUUUAAAGACAAAUGGAUGAUUUUUAAAAUAAACACCCUCAU